AUGGAGAGCCCUUCAGAACCUCAGAGCGGGGUGUUCAACCCCUGGAGGGUGCUCCUGAUCACAGGCCAGGAUUCCCUGCAAACACCCCCACUGAGCUCCCAGCAGCCCCCACCCUUAUUUCAGGGACAGCUCAGUGGCCUUGGUCUCUCAGGAGGGCAGAGGGACCCUGCUGACCUCUGCCUCCUUCCUCCCCUCUCAGCCUCCAUCCUCAGCUGCUGGAUCCAGCCAACGUCUACUCAAUUCUCUCUUCUUCCAAACCCUCUCUAUGGGGAAGUGAACCGCAGCAUCACCUUGGACAUCCAGGGCUUCUCAGGCCAGGCUCUCAUCUAUACUUGGUACAGAAAAGCAGUAGCAGAACCCAACAAGAUCGCUCUCUACAGGGUUGAAACUGAAGCGCAGGAGCCUGCAGGCAUCCGUGAGAAGGUGCUCCCCAACGGCUCCCUGCUCAUCCCUGACCUCACCCUCAGUGACACUGAUGACUACCAUGUAACCAUUGUUAAUUCUCAAGGCAGCAUAAUGGUUGGACAAGGACAUUUAACGGUGUAUGGUAAGUGCUGCCCUUCCCCUGGGCCAUGUCUCACUCCUAUUCCCUCCCUCAGUCUGGGGUGAGAAGCUCCCCUAAGGGAGCAGGGAGAAUGCAGAG